AUUACAGUAGUCACUCACUCCAUUGUGCCAAACAUUGUAACAAUAACAGCAACAAUGUUGGCUCUUUAACGAGGUAGUAGUACAAAUCAUCAUCACAUUCUUUUGCCUCGUCACACAUUCUCUCUCUGCAACUCUUUUCUCUGCUGUCACUUUGAACACAGCACACAACACCCUUUCAACUUCAAUCCCUCAUUUCAUAAUGCAGACAACAAGAACGGUUCAAGUGAAGCAACUUUCAGAUCUAGCUACUGAGAGAGAGAUUCAUGAAUUCUUCUCAUUUUCUGGUGAAAUUGAACAUAUUCAGAUCGUUAGAGAAUAUGGGAAACCAAAGACUGCAUUUGUGACAUUUAAAGAUCCUAAAGCACUUGAAAUCGCGUUAUUGUUAUCGGGAGCAACAAUAGUAGACCAGAUUGUGAGUAUAAGUCCGGCUGACAACUAUGUUGCAAAUCAUGAGAUGCAGGAAGAAAGAGUGGUGGAAUAUGCUAUAAAUGUUGCUCCUGAAGAUGGCGCGUCGAAUACUGAGGAGGAGAAACCAGGUGGAAGAAUUUAUCUUAGUAAAGCACAAGAUGUAGUUACAAGUAUGCUGGCUAAAGGAUCAGCGAUAAGACAAGAUGCCGUGAACAAAGCUAAAGCAUUUGAUGAGAAGCAUCAGUUGACUGCCAAUGCUUCGGCAAAGGUCAGUUCUUUUGACAAGAGAGUUGGACUGACGGAGAAAUUGACAGUUGGACUUUCUGUAGUGAAUGAGAAAGUGAAAUCUGUGGAUCAGAGGCUACAUGUUUCAGAUAAAACAAUGGCAGCAAUAUUUGCAGCCGAGAGGAAGUUGAACGAUACUGGAUCAGCUGUCAAAACAAGCAGAUAUGUGACUGCCGGAACAUCAUGGUUAACUGGUGCAUUUAGCAAAGUGGCAAAAGCCGGAAACGUUGCUGGAACUAAAACUAGAGAGAAGUUUAAUAUGGCUGUUUCAAACUUGACAACAAAGGAACCCACAUUGGUUGUAUAGGCCAGAAUUUUGUGAUCAUGGUCACUUCGUAAGGUCUCAAAUGAAGAUCUCUGUCAGAGCUGUUGUGUGUUAAAAAAGGUUUGGUCUUUGAGAUCAUGCACUGCUUUCUCUCCCUUUCUCUCCCUCUCUCUCUCUCUCCUUCAACAGUUCAAUGUUUGUAGUACUAGCAACUAUAGUGAUUCAAUUCAAUCCAAUUUUUUUGUAUUCUUUUAUCACUCUGGUGGUUUAGCUGUGUUACUUCUAUGUAAUUGGUGAUUUUGGCUUCUUUUCUUCUCUUCACUUUUUGUCAAUAGGAAAUUAUAGGUGUGAUGCAAUUGUAUUUCUUUUUUCAAAGUUGAAAAAAUUUAGCUGUGUUGUUCAUGUAAGGUAACAUCUUUGUUUUGUUGUCAACACUUCAAUCAAAGACUUUUGUGGCAUAUAUCUUAAGAUUUUUUUUAUUGA